AAAAACCCAUGAUUCUCCAUUUUGUAAUAGCUAUUAGAUGUCCACAGCACAUCAGACCUGUGGAAAACGCAUGCUUUGUGUAUGGAAGAGGGAGAGGGAGCGUCAGGAGUUGUCCUUUGCCAAAAAACGUACUCUGACACUCAAAGGCACAGGCUGGUGGAGAUCCAGGGAACCCGGGAAAGCCCAGGCCUAACUCAGGCCCGCGCGGGUCUCUUCUGAUCCCAGAAGAUGAGGAGUGUGUCCUGGCUCUGGGCAUCCUGGUGUCGACUGUGAGUUCCCAGCAGAGGCCCAGAGUCCCGGUCCGGCAGCCGAGGGAAGCGGCGGGGUCUUCCAGAAGAAGGGCCAAGGUCACCCCGGUGCCUCUCCAGCAGCAGCAGAGGGCGGCGGUCGGGGUCGCUGCUGGCCGGGGCCUCGAGGAAGGCGCGGGCCAGCUGGGGCCGGGUCUGCGUUCCCAGGCGCUGCCACCGUUCCAGGGAGCAAGUCAGGCCGGGACGUAGCGCCUGCGCGGGACCCUCACUUGCCACCAAGACCCCCACAAACCCCGCCCCAUCCUGCCUUACGCCCCGCCCCAAGGUCGUUCUCCCGACCCGGGGUCCCGCCCCAAGGCCGUCCUCCCGCCCCGCCGCUUGGUGGCGGCCGCAUGCUGCCCGGAUAUAAAGGGUCGGCCCCACAUCCCAGGGACCAGCGAGCGGCCUUGAGAGGCUCUGGCUCUUGCUUCUUAGGCGGCCCGAGGACGCCAUGGCCGAGUGCCCGACACUCGGGGAGGCAGUCACCGACCACCCGGACCGCCUGUGGGCCUGGGAGAAGUUCGUGUAUUUGGACGAGAGGCAGCAUGCCUGGCUGCCCUUAACCAUCGAGAUAAAGGAUAGGUUACAGUUACGGGUGCUCUUGCGUCGGGAAGACGUCGUCCUGGGGAGGCCUAUGACCCCCACCCAGAUAGGCCCAAGCCUGCUGCCUAUCAUGUGGCAGCUCUACCCUGAUGGACGAUACCGAUCCUCAGACUCCAGUUUCUGGCGCUUAGUGUACCACAUCAAGAUUGACGGCGUGGAGGACAUGCUUCUUGAGCUGCUGCCAGAUGACUGAUGUAUGAUGUUUUUCAGAGUCUGAAUUCCAGCAACCAGUUUGAAGACCGCCACAGAGGAACAGAUCAGCAUGAGAAUACAGCUGCUUCAUCUCCCUGUCCCAUGUCAUCCUGCACUUUUCAAUCAAUCAACAAUCUCCAGUGGCCCAGUCCUACUCUCUGGGAGAUGGAUUUGAGGUUUCCUCCUAUCCCCUCCUUCGGUGACCCUACCAUUCAACUGCUUUCUCUGCUGCGACCCAGUAUUGGGAUAUGUGCACAUUUGACAACAAACCUAUUACAGUUACAUAUAGACCCCAAGUGUCCAGGCACUGGACGGCUGGCAUUCCCAGACCCCACCCACCUGGUACCCAGGAAGUCUGUGCAGCCUUCAUCAUUGCACUUGCACCCAGCCUGCACUAUAAGAAGGCAGCUAAGGGACUGAAUUCUCUCUCCUGGAUGCAGACACCCACUGGGUAUCCAGCAGAGCCGGCUCCUUUCUGGGAGGCACAUUUCUGUGGGUAGGAAAACAAUGCCUCCUUCCCUCUCUGGCUUUGUAAAUUUCCCAUUUAACAAUAAAAACCUUUCCUAGGCCAGGCGCGGUGGCUCACACCUGUAAUCCCAGUACUUUGGGAGGCCAAGGUGGGCGGAUCACGAGGUCAGGAGAUCAAGACCAUCCUGGCUAACACGGUGAAACCCCGUCUCUACUAAAAAUACAAAAAAAUUAGCCGGGAGUGGUGGCGGGCACCUGUAGUCUCAGCUACUCGGGAGGCUGAGGCAGGAGAAUGGCGUGAACCCGGGAGGCGGAGCUUGCAGUGAGCCGCGAUCGCGCCACUGCACUCCAGCGUGGAUGACAGAGCGAGACCGUGUCAUCAUGAAAUCCUUAUGUUGACUGGGAUGCAUGCUGCAUGACACACCCUCUCCUGCAUACCCCCGACUCAGGCCAGUGGGAGGGAAGGCAGGCUAGGGGAAGAGGGUUCCUCAAAGACCAGGCUGCCAGAUCAACAUAAGCUUCUCAGCAGAAGGUACAAUGCCAGCCUGCAGUGCUCACCCCAGCUCCUGCUCACGGGGCCUCCCUUUAACCAUGCCAACACUGUGGAAUCUGAACUCUUACCACAGUGCUCUCUCUUCAUACCUCUUGUGUACACCACAUGUGCAAGUGUUUAUCUAGGGUAGUGAUUCUCAGCCAGGGGCAAUUUUGCCCCCUCAGGAGGCAUUUGGCAUUUUUGGUUCUCACAAGUUGCGGUCAGGAGAUGCUUCUGGCAUCCAGUGGGUGGCGGCCAAGGAUGUUGCUAAACAUUCUACAAGGCACAGGACAGCCCCUCCCCGCAACACCACUGGGCUUGAGCAAGCCCGCUGCAGGCAAACACUGGCGUGCCUUAUAUACCAUGCUAAAUUGUGAUUGAUGCUUCCUAAUAUUUUGUCAUACAGAAAUGCUUCACUUGAAAAAGUUUGUCUUACACUGUCUUUUGCUUACACCUGUGAUUUACUUGGGUUUUUCUGUACCCCACGUUCAUGAACAUAUUUCCCCAAACUUUCUAUGAAUGCUUUUACAGAUUCAUUUUGUAAGGUUGGGAUUUCAGCCCAUGGGUGAUUUUUUCUUGUGAGCGACAUGAGGGAGGGAAUCUCUUCUCCUUGCCACCACUGCAUGGUCACCCUGACCUGCACUGUAUCGUCCUCUUCUUCCUGGUCACAAUGGUGGCACUGCUCAGUGCCUUGGCCCCCUGCCUCAUCCCUCCCUGCUCAAGGACUCUGCUCCUCUGUCAUGUCAUACUCUCCCACACAUGGGCCCUUCCUCCCUUGCACCUGCAUUCUGCAUCUCCUGCAAUGACAUGCUGUUGCAUUGUCUCGCUUUGGGAGCUCUCCCUUGCUCCCGGUUCUCCUGUGACCACUACGGGCUUUCCUGCCCUUUCACAGCAGGGCUUCACCCAGAGCCCGCACGAGUCUCCUCCCCUUCCUUAACUCCCGCCGGCGUCUUGCUGCUGAAUGGACCAAUCACAAUUUCCUUCCCAGUGUGGAAAAAUAUGAAAUGGAUCAUUAAAAUGUUACCUUAACA